UAGCUGUACAUAUCCUUUUUUUUUUUUUUAACUGCAGAUUUACUUAAGUUUUGUAUUCUCCAAGUCUAUUCUACUUUAAAUAAGAAAAGAAGACAAGAAAAGAAGUGGUUUAUUAAAAUCACGUUAUAAUCAGAUUUGACCAAGCAUUUUGUAAGAUCACCAGUAUACUCAUGGAAAUGGAACACACAGGACAUUACCUGCGUCUUGUCUUUCUGAUGAUGACAACUUUUCUUUUGUCUCCUGGAACAAAAGCAAACUAUACACAUCUGUGGGCUAACAAUACUACUGCCUGGAAUUUAGUUAUUCAAAAUACCACAGGCAGAUACCAAAAUGAAAACACUGACACAAUCCCUUUGACUCCUGAAGUGGAUUACAAAAUUAAUUCUACAAACAAGCCUGAAAGAGCAACAUCAUAUAACAUCAUAUCUUUAUCUCCUAAAUCUGAGCAGGAGCUCUAUAAGCCUUCUGUUGCCGGGAAGAGUUCUCCAACAGCAGAAAACAUUGAAAACACAAGCAAAAGUCAUGGUGAAAUUUUUAAAAAGGAUGUCUGUGAAGAAAACAACAACAUGACUAUGUUAAUUUGCUUAAUUAUAAUUGCAGUGCUUUUUCUUAUCUGUACCCUUCUAUUUCUAUCAACUGUAGUUCUGGCAAACAAAGUUUCAUCUCUCAGACGAUCAAAACAAGCAGGCAAGCGUCAGCCUAGAAGCAAUGGUGACUUUCUGGCAAGCAGUGGACUAUGGCCUGCUGAAUCAGACACUUGGAAAAGAGCAAAGCAGCUCACAGGGCCCAACCUCAUGAUGCAAUCUACUGGAAUGCUCACAGCUACAAGGGAGAGAAAGGAUGAAGAAGUAACGAAAAGUUACUGACAGAUGCUUUAGGGAAGAAAAAUGACUGCAAAGUAAAGAUGAGAAAGGUUAUGGAAUAAAAAAGGAAGUCAGUUUGGUAUUUAAUGCCAAAGUGUUGGACAGAUGAUCUAAAAUAAUGACAUGUAAUUUAGCAUUAGACACAUGAGAAAGGGAGAUUAUAACUGCUUACUUAAUUACUGAAACUGUGUGAUACUGUUUGACACUGAAUAUUUUUAAAAAGAAAAUAAACCACCAAGCAUUUGGGUAAGGUUUUAAAACUAUAGUGGAGAAAAAGAAAGGAUAAUUAAAUAUUCUCUAUUCAGCAAUAGUAGUUAGAUAAUCUUUGUUUGAAUGUAACUGAACUGUGAAGUAGUUUUAGUAUGUUCUUAGAGUCAAAUAUAUACUUCAAUAUCUAACAGAAGUCAAAUUCCUAAUGUGUAGAUUUGAACUGCAUAACAUAAUGGAACCUUUGCUGGAUGUGACAGAAUCCAUAUCAGCUCCUAAGUCAACACAACUAAUUUUAGGUUACAUGCUUUCAUCUUUACAUAUGGUACACAUAAGAAAGAGCUUUUUUACUAUAAAUAUUAAAUUAAAACUUAAUUUUGUAUAAUAAAACUCAUUAGAAGAAAACUGA